AGUGUAAUCAAGCAAAUUUAUUCUAUUCAGGCCUCAUAAGCUUCCCAGGUGAAAGCAGUAAAAGCGUGUAUUACUGGUUACUGCGAUCGCGUGACUGUUUGAUUCCCAAGUCACGCGAUCAGGAUCAGAUUCUCCCCAGUGUCUGCUCGUCCAGAAUCGAUAAAUUCCUCAACCAAAAUGGUCGUAAACAAUUGUGAGAUGUUGUUAUCCAAAUGUGCCCAGUUUAAAGAAGAGAGGCAAUUCAUUGACGUUCGUCUAAAAGUGGGUGAAGACAUCUUUCCAGUUCAUCGUAUUGUUCUGGCUGCAAAUAGCGAUUACUUCUACGCCAUGUUUACAAAUGGAAUGAAAGAAGCGAAUCAGGAAGAAGUCGAGUUAAAAGAUGAAAGUAUUUCACCUAAUGUUUUGAAGAUCAUAAUGGAAUCCAUCUACACUGGAGAGUUUCAGGUCAACGAAGAUAACGUGUUUGAAGUCCUUGCAGCAGCAGAUCAUCUUCAAGUGACGACUGUUGUUCAAAAGUGUUGUGAUUUCUUGCUAACUGAGUUUGUUAAACUUCGCUUUGAUUUUGAAACCUACUCGCGUAUCUGGGAAAUCGCUCACAGCCAUGGCCUUAAGAAUCUGCAAGACGCUACUGAGAGUGAAAUGGCUAAGAUGUAUAAAGAUGUCUGUGAAAGCCAAGAAUUUUUGGCUCAUAUUGGCGGAGACCAGUUACUCAGCCUCCUUAGUCGUGAUGACCUCAAUGCACAUGUUCUUGUGGCCAUUAUUCCUCAAGCCCAGAUGCAAUACUUUGAUUUUGAAACCAAAACCUGGAAACCUCUACCAUCCAUGGCUCAAUUAACUGAGGCAGACGCGUGUUUCUGUGCAGAAUAUGUUGGUAAUCACUUGUAUGUAGCGGCACAAAGGGGGAACGAUUUCAUAACGUAUCAUUAUGAUACAGUUACUGAUACCUGGGGGUCAUUACCACCUAUUUUAGGGUGUGAGCAUAAGAUCGAUUCCUUAUGUUCUAUUGGUGAUUAUAUCUACGCAAUUAGAGAAUCGACGCCACCCCAUAGGUUUAGUUUAAAAACAAAUCAAUGGCAGUGUAUAAGAUCAUUUUACAUCGGCGAAACUUGUCCGAAUACAUUCUGUAAUAAAGCGUGCGUUGUUUCCCCAGACAACUCUUUUUUGUUCGUACUUCAGGGCCAAAGGAUAGAAACUUCUAGUAGAGACGGGUCUAGUGAAUGGCUUGGGAAACAAGCCGUGGUGUUUUGUUUUAAUCCCGAAAGGAAUGAAUGGAAACGGCAUACAUCAACUCAAUCUUUCCAUUUUAGAUCUAGUCUUUUCGUAGUAAACGGGAAACUAUGUAUUGCAGGGGGUAUGAUUUCUAUUUGCAGCAGUUCUGGCAUACCCAAUGGGAUAAUUGCAGCCCCAGUUGAAGUUUAUGAUCGGCGAAAGAACGAAUGGGCUCUUGUUAAUCAAAACCAUAUUCCUAAAAACAACCUCGGUGCGGUGGAAAUAGAAGGGAGGGUGUAUUUCAUCAUCAAUAAUUUCCCAAUUGAUAGUGGAAUUAGGAUUCCACCAGAAGAAGUGUAUCCUGUGCCUUUAGAUGAAUGGGAGAAUCUUAGAGAGGUUGAUAAUAAC